AUGGAAGAUCUUGUUUCCUCCGCUUCUUUGUCUUCUCUCAUGUCAGUCUGCCAAGAAUCCUCACCCACGAAUACUACUACUCUUCAACAACGUCUCCAGUUCAUCGUGCAAAGCCGACCUGAAUGGUGGGUUUACUCGAUUUUCUGGCAAGCAUGCAAGGAUGCUAAUGGCCAGCUCUCUUUAUCAUGGGGUGAUGGUUUUUUUCGUGGAACUAAGGCCAGCAAGAAGCUGUCAAAGCAAAAUAGAUUCGGGUUUAAUCUGGAGAGAAAGAAGUUGAGCAGAGAGAUCCAUGCUCUGUUCACUGAGGAGAUGGAGAUGGACAGACUUGAGGAAGAUGGAGAUGUGACUGACUAUGAGUGGUAUUACACUGUGUCGUCAGUGGGUCGAACUUUUGGUGUAGAAGAUGGUGGAAUUCUUGGCAGGAGUUUCAGUUGUGGGACUUUUCUUUGGUUAACUGGUGAUCAUGAGUUACAGCUUUAUGAUCAGUGUGAGAGAGUUAGAGAGGCUCGUGCUCAUAGAAUCCAGACUUUGGUCUGUGUCGCAACUCCUUGUGGAGUUGUUGAAUUUGGUUCUUCAGAUAUGAUCAAAGAGGACUGGGGCAUGGUGCAGUUAGCCAAAUCACUCUUUGCUAAUUCUGAUAUUCCCAGCUUCUUGUCCUGCAGGCAAAAUGAAGCUGAACAACAGCUAAUUGAUCACCUUCCUGCUAGUCGCAUUAUUAGUCCUUUCCUGGGUACUGCAAUUCUUCCUGCAACUACAACAACAACUGGAGAAAUCAAGAAAGAAGUGACAAUCGGGUUAGGGCGUUCAUCUUCAGAUUCCGGCCCUUCUGACUCUGACGGCCAUUUCAAUGUUCAGGUGAAGAAAAGAGGAAGAAAGCCCGUCAAUGGCUGCUCAGAUUCACCUCUAAACCACGUUGAAGCUGAACGACAACGUCGGGAGAGACUCAACAACAGAUUCUAUGCACUAAGAUCAGUAGUCCCUAACGUCUCGAAAAUGGACAAAGCAUCUUUGUUGUCUGACGCAGUAACCUACAUCAAAGAACUCAAGGCCAAAAUUGGAGAACUUGAAGCCAAACUUCAAGCACAAUCCCAGAACCGAGGUGCAGCCAGAUUAUGUUACGACAACCAGAGCACAACAUCAUCUACGGGUGAUUACGCACGAGCUGCAGGUCAAAGCUACGGAACUAGUACUGAAGUUGACGUUAAGAUUGUUGGCUCAGAAGCUCUGAUUAGGGUGCAGUCUCCUGAUAUGAACUACCCAGCUGCAAGAAUGAUGGAUGUGUUAAGAGAACUUGACUUUCAGAUUCAUCAUGUCAGUGUUUCCUGUGUUCAAGAACUUGUUCUUCAAGAUAUUGUGAUUAGAGUUCCUGAUGGAAGCAUAAGUGAAGAUAUCAUGAGAACUGCUAUCUAUCAGAGGUUAUUGCAUUAACCAAUAUUAUCAACCUUAAUGAUCUUCCUAUUAUCUACUCUUUAAUCUUGUUGUUCAUGUUCACCAA